UUUAUCAAGUGAUUAAAUGCAACCAGUAAGAGCCGUACUGAUUACAAUUCAAUUUAAAUAAUGUCGGUUAUUUACGCAGUCGGUAUUGGUAUCACUAACGAAAACGUCAUCGAAAUUUAACCUAACAAACACUUGAGAUAUCGGUGAACAAGUUGUAACACACGAUCAUGGCUUCCACUAUCAGCAGAGCUAGCUGCCUACUUUUUCGUUUAAGCGAUAGUUCAAGAAAUAGUUAUAAACGUUUUAAACUUGCCAGAGUAUGUACAGUUAAUUUCUCUGUAAGAGCUAAUAUAUCUGAAACAGAAGAAGAUGCUCGAAAGACACCUGUACUUAGUGGUAAUGGAAAAGUAUUUAAAUCUGUUGACGAAGCAAUAUGUGAUAUGUCAGAUGGUGCCAAGCUUUUAGUUGGUGGAUUUGGACUAUGUGGAAUUCCAGAAAAUUUAAUAGCAGCUAUAUUGAAGAAGGGUACGAAGGAUUUAACUGUUGUUUCCAAUAAUGCAGGUGUUGAAGAUUUUGGAUUAGGUAUACUUUUAAAGGAAUAUAGGAUAAAAAGAAUGAUAGCUUCCUAUGUGGGUGAAAAUCCCGAAUUUGAGAAGCAAUAUCUCAGUGGUAAAUUAGAAGUUGAAUUAACACCUCAGGGCACAUUAGCUGAACGUAUUCGUGCAGGUGGAGCUGGUAUUCCUGCCUUUUAUACACCUACUGCUUAUGGAACUUUAAUCCAAGAAGGCAAUGUUGUUGUCAAAUAUGACAAAGAUGGAAAUGCGGAAAUAUCUGGAAAACCAAGAACUGUAGCACAGUUUGAUGGUAAAAAUUAUGUUAUGGAAACUGCAAUCACUGGAGAUUAUGCUCUCAUAAAAGCAUGGAAAGCAGACAAAGCAGGGAAUUUAAUAUUCAGGAAAUCAGCCAGAAAUUUUAAUCCAGUAAUGUGUAAGGCGGCUAAGAUAGCAGUGGCAGAAGUAGAGGAGAUUGUAGAAAUUGGUGAAUUAGAUCCUGACCAUGUACAUUUACCUGGUAUCUAUGUAGAUAGAAUAGUUAAAGGUCCUUCAUAUGAGAAACGUGUAGAGAAACGCUUCACUAAAGAAACUAUGAGACCUAAGAAAGUAACACCAGCUAGUAAAGUAAAGGACAGGAUCAUUAAACGUGCUGCCCUUGAAUUCAAAGAUGGAAUGUAUGCCAAUCUGGGAAUUGGUAUACCAGUACUUGCAUGCAAGUACAUUCCCAAAGAUGUAAAGGUAACUUUGCAGUCCGAGAAUGGUAUCCUAGGUCUCGGUCCCUAUCCAGACAAAGAUGAAAUUGAUCCCGACUUAAUCAAUGCUGGAAAAGAAACAGUCACCGUACUACCUGGAGCAUCAUACUUCAGUAGCGACGAAAGUUUCGCCAUGAUUCGAGGAGGUCACGUUAAUUUAACAAUGCUUGGAGCGAUGCAAGUAUCAGAAACAGGAGAUCUAGCUAACUGGAUGAUUCCCGGAAAGCUGGUGAAAGGGAUGGGUGGUGCAAUGGAUCUAGCUGCCGCACCAGGCACAAAAGUGGUGGUCACAAUGGAACACAAAGCUCGUGACGGAAGUCCAAAGAUCUUAAAAAAUUGCACAAUGCCGUUGACAGGGCAACAAUGCGUGGAUUUAAUAAUCACAGACAUGGCAGUUUUCGAGGUGAUGAAAGGAGAGGGGUUAAAGCUCAUCGAAAUCGCGCCGAAUGUUGAGAUGAGCGACCUCGUCAGCUCUACCGGUUGUGAAUUCGCGGUGGCCGACGACCUUAAAGAAAUGAGGCAGGUGGACGUAGAAUCUUGCGAAUAAAAACGGUAACCCACUUAAACAGACUUUUAAGUACUCCGCGGUAUACAGAUAGAAAAGUGACACAUACACACGUAUUCAUAAGGAGAUUCGACGCUUGUAUAAAUUAGCUUAAGUCUACCAUAAAUACGUUAGGACUUCAUUUAUCCAACAUCAGACCUAAUCGCGCAAACGAAGCUCGUCGAAAGUACAUGUACAGGUAGGAACAGAUAACAGGUUAUGGAUUGUUAUUAUCUCAACGUCUCAAUUUACCCGGACUGUUUUCUUUGUCGACUCGGAUAAAUGGAAUCCAGUUACAUUAAGCAUAAUACUAGGUUUUAACGGGCAAAGCGAUAUAUAAUUUUGUAAUGGACGCGACGAAAUAAAAUCAAACUCUUACUCUCUAAAUUUAGCUUUUACUCUGGCGGGCAGUGGUAACAAAUAAAGCACGCUGUUAAGUAUACAUAGUCCAACGGCGAACGCCAGAGAGAUCAGCAGGUUUAGGUCGACGUUCAGCACUUCUGAAAUGUUUUCGCCCUCCCGGGUGAAACGUUCUAUCAAGUAGGUCCUUCCGUCGGGGUACCUGCAGAGCUCCGGUACACCAGGACACGCGAAGCUUUCAUUGUAAUGAAGAUUU